AUGCUUGGACCUCAAGGUACCUCCGGCAGCUGCGGAGAACCAGAAUCUACAUUUGUGACCAACAAGCUCAUUGAAAUGCAUGGGAAGUCUGGAAGGCUGGCGGAUGCUCAAGAAACAUUUCAAGCCGCCGAGCACAAGAACUGCUUUACCUGGGUGUUGAUGUUGUGUGCGUUUGCCCGGAACGGGCAACUGCAGCAUGCGAUAGAGCUGUUUGAAAGGAUGCCGGAUAAGAGCGUAGUUGCUUGGAACGCCAUGAUGAGCGUUUACAUCCAGUAUGGCCUUGUGGGUCAAGCAAAACAGCUCUUUGAUGCCAUGCUGCAGCGGGACGUCGUCUCCUGGAAUGCAAUGCUCGCAGCGUACGCCCGGAAUGGAUGGCUUGCAGAUGCAAAACUCUUGUUUGAUAGCAUGCCCCAGCGAAACCAGACCUCUUGGAACACAAUGCUCACGGCCCUUGCGCGCGGCGGGCUCGUGCAGGCUGCUGCGACGCUGUUCGAUUGCAUGCCAAAGCCGGACCUUGUGUCCUGGAACUCCAUGUUGGAUGUGUAUGGCCGCAACGGGGAGUUGGAGCGAGCCAAGGCGGUGUUUGAUGGAGCGCCAGUGCGAGACAUUGUAUCGUGGACAACAAUGUUGUCCGCGUACUUGCAUCUGGGUGAACCAAGCCAAGCGGCGCACUUUUUUCAGUGGCUCAUGCCCGAAACCAAUCUGGUUGCAUGGAAUGCAAUGCUAACGGCAUCCUCAGAGCCCGCCAUCCUCUUCCCGCAGAUGCCCGAGAGGGAUCUUGUGUCGUGGACGACACUACUGGUGACAUAUAGCCAAAGUGGUGAUAUUUCACAAGCCAGGAAGGUGUUCGAUAUGAUGCCUCAGCGAGACGUGGUGUCGUGGACUGCCAUGCUAGUAGCUUACGCCCAGGCGGGGAAUGUUGACUCUGCCGAGCGCUUAUUCGAGGAGAUGCCAGUGACAAAUUUGGUAUCACUCAAUGCAAUGUUGAUGUUGCGAGCGGCAGCAGCUCGACGAGUGACCAUUGUUGAGCUCUUGUUUAGUCAUGGGAUGCCGGAGAGGGACAUGGUAUCGUGGACAACCAUGCUUGCAGCAUAUGGUUCCAGAAGUCUUGUAGAGGCAGCAAAGUUCACGUUUGACACAAUGCCACAGAGGGAUGCGGUGGCUUGGAACGCAAUGUUGGCUGCUUUCUUUCAGGGUGGGUAUUUAGCGGAGGCUGUUUCCCUGUUCGGCAGUAUGCCCCACAGGGACGUGGUGUCGUGGAACUCUAUCUUAGCUGCACAUGCCCAGAACGGGCAAGUGGAGACAGCACGCCGUGUGUUUGAUUCCAUGCCUCAAUGCAAUGCUGCAUCAUGGAGUGCGACACUCUCGGCUUAUGCCCGCAAUGGACAGCCCAGUGGAGCGUUUCGUGUGCUUCACGAGAUGAUGGCGGCCGGCAUGGCUGUGGAUCAAGGGUGCUUCGUCUCCGUGUUCAUUGCUUGCAGCCACACUGGGAAGUCCACCACGGGAAGGCGCUGCUUCGACGUGAUGGUGUGCGAUUGCGGGAUUGCGGCCACGAGAGAGCACUACUGCUGCCUGGUUGACAUGCUGGGGCGUGCCGGGCAUGUCCAAGACGCCAAGGAUUUGAUACAAAGCAUGCCAUUUGAGCCGGACGGCUUCCAAUGGAGAUGCUUGCUAAACAGCGCAAAAUCAAGUGGCUGGUCCAAGGUUCAAGCCCAGCCUCCAACGCUUAAUCCGUUUCCUCGGCAGCCAUUGGCUGGUAUUUUGCCGCGAAUGCGUCCCAUUGGCUAA